AUGGCAAUCAAACACUUCGCCUCUUUAUCUCUGGUCAUUCUGGCAUUGGCCACAACCCUCCUCGCCGGACAGGCUGAGGCUCGCCGUGGCUUAGGAGGUAACCUCUGCCGCAGAGCCAACUAUCCCGCCAUCUGCCGAUCAGCAGUAAAGGGGUUGAGGAAUCCAUAUGCCGCCAUGUCUUCAGCCAUUAGGCAACUGAUUGCCCAGACCAACAGGGCGAAGAGGUUGGCUGCCAAGCUUGGAAGGUCCGGCGCCGGGGAGGUUUGCAGGGAAAGCUACGCGGAUGCAAUUGGCGACCUCCGGACGUGCUCGGUUAACCUGAGAAGGCAUGACAAGCCUGGCCUGAAUAUUAACCUCUCGGCUGCACUGUCGGCUUUCGGAGACUGCGACGACGCAUUAUCAGAUUAUGGAAGAUCUCCACUGAGCAGAAAGAACCAAGCCCUCCAUAAGAUGGCUAGCAAUGGCUUGUAUUUGGCAACUCUAAUUCACUAG